CUACUCGUAGGCUGCUCGUGGUAUUGUGCACAUUUGUUAUGAUUUGGAGCAGUGAUUCGAUUAUUUUUGAUUUUUUAAAUUGAAGAUAGAAAGAGCAGCAGCGAUAAGGCAAGAUUUUCGCAGCUGUCUCCCUGGUUGGCCGUGGACCGUGGUAAUAUUUUAGACUUGGACGAACGUAUUACCACAGACGAACGUUUUCCGAAACGGAAAUUAGUGAAGCGGUACUUUGGGUGCAGACCGUGCAGUCUACCGUCUAAACCCAGACAGCCAUCCUCUACAAUGGACCCUACCAUCAUCGCCGACGUUCUGCACGAUGUCAAUCCGCCCAAUCGUUUGAAUGUCCAUCCUGAUGAUCAGGAAGCGGAUGCCCACUGGACGAACACGGCUGACGAGGAGUCGGAGCAAGCGCGCAGCGUGGAGACGAUUGUAGCGUGGAGUCUGUACGGGACGCAGGUGACCAUAUCCACGGCCAUCUUCCAUCCCCUGUCGUACGCGCGGAUACUGAUGGAGCUGGGCUUCGAGCCUGCGCCCGCUCGACCCUCGCGAACGGUGUUUGGGAAGCCGUGUUUGAUUCUGCCCAGCAUCGGCACUUACGUGAGAGCUAUCAAAGCGCGUGAUGGACGCCUUGGCUUGUGGAGCGGUUUCGGGGCUAAUUUGUGCAGCACCCUGCUGAGCAAUGUAUCCAACGACAUGUUUUAUCACCUUGUGGACGAGUUCAUUAAACGAAAAAUCCGCACCAGUCCGCGCAAGGCUUGGAGUGUUUUUGUCUUGGCCAACCAAGAAAAUCAGCCGUAUUCCAUCAUGGAUUUUGUGGAGGACCUCUCCAAGGAAGUUUCGGCGCGAGUUCUCAGCGUCAGCCUUUCCUACCCUUUUCAAGUGCUUUUCGUACGCACAGCAGCGCAGUUUAUUUGGAAAGAAAGAAUUUACCGCGGAUUUUUUGGAUCAUUUGUUCAGAUUUACCAGGAAGAAGGCUUUCGUGGAUUUUAUGGGGGAUAUGUGCCAUAUAUGAUGGGAGAGGUGGGUGCGUUGGUUAUCGUCUGGGUGGCGACAUUCCUCUUUCGAUCGGCAAUUACCGGGGAUCGUGUACUGUUAACUGUAUUCCGCUUUGCCACGGAUUAUAUUGCGCGGAGCUUUCUCUAUCCCUUCAAGCUGAUCAGCCGCAUGAUGACUCUGAGCACAUCCAGAUUUCUUCCUGCUGGGUCGGUGUUGCCGAAUUUCACUAGCUGGAUGGAAUGCUACAAACACUUAAAAGCACAGAAUGACUUGAUGCGGGGACACAGUAUUUUCAUGCGCGUAGUGACCAACGGCCGGCCAGGAAUAUUCGAGAAAUAUGGAUAUCAUAUUGAUUCUCAAACCGAUUAUCCCGUUCCGGUGCAACAGGCCGUUCCCAAACCAGGGUGGAGUGCACCGCUCCCAUCACAAGUAAUGAAGCCGUUGGUAACUCGUACGGAACGCUUUUUUGGCUCGUCUUCAUUCAGGACGGUCUUUUGAAAAUAGUUUAAUUUUUUAUCCACUGGGCUUGUAAAGGUGUGUUUGUAUGUCGUCGAGUAAUCUUUUAUCGUCUGUGAUAAUUGUUAAUGUUGUGUGACGUGAGCCGGCAGUCAAAAUAGCUGUGAAAAAAAUUGCCUUUGUUUUCUUGG